AGGCCUAUCAUACGCGAUGACUCUACGGGUAAAUUUCUAUACCAAAUUAGCAAGGCCAUGAUUCAUCUAGCCUUUAUAAAUCACCAUCGUCUUCCGCGGUCUUCUCGAAAAAGUCCACUUGACUACGCUCUUCACUAAGACUUUUUGUACUCACGCGCCCACUGCGCCCUUGCGUGUGGCAUCCACUACACCUUUCUCUUCUUCCGAUUAUUAUUAUUGCUUAUUACUUUACGCGUUUGCGAGUAUUAUUACGCCAUCGUGCUAGUUAGAAUCUUUACACUAUAUAAACCGCCCUUUAUGACAUCCUUCUCAGUUUUCUCAGAAGUUCCACUUCCGCUCUGUGGCAGUCCUCGUCGUCGGGGCUCCACAAAUGGCCGCUCAGCUCGGUCUAACAAAAUUAGACGCCGCCCAAAACAGUCAUCCCGGCCACGAGCGUUUCACGCAUAUCUCCCGGCAUGGGAACCUGACACUGAAGACAGCUACAAAUUAGCGGCUGACCCCAACUUCUUUCUCCCAUCUGACAACAGCCGAAGGAAGCCCCGACUCCAACGUCAGGAUGCGUUUCGUGAGCCAAAGGCCUGGGACUACUUUGACUUCGUUGAGGACGAUGCGGAUUUGUAUAAACUAGGCCUUCUUUACGACGAUCCUCACGUGCUCAGUUCUGACUUCAACUUGGGCACCAUCGACCAUCCGGACCCCGUAUAUACGACCCGCCCCGCCAAGCGUGCAAAGAAGCACCGGGAAACAUUUCAUCUGCAAUUUGACCAUUUAGUCACCUCUGUAGUCUCAGAUGGGGCAUUUCAGUCACCCCUGACUCCAGAGACCGUCGAGAUUUCAAUUCCCACGGAAGAUGAAUUCAUAGAUGAACAGCGUGGCAAGGAUAAGGUUUCUCGGAGACGAUCUUCUAGACGAUCUUACAGACACAUGAUCCUUUCAGCCAUCCCCGAGCUUUCAGAGAAGCCAGCACCUUCAUCAGAUAAGCCGGCCCCAGCUCCGGCUGCAACCGAUUGUCCUGACUUAGCCUCUGACUCGGAGGAAGGAUGCGAAGACGACAAAGAAGAUGACUUCACUGAUGACUGGGCGAUGUUAGAGGCCGAUGAUGUAAACGGACCCGGUACCGUCGUGGCAGUCUCUAUUGAUGCAUCAGAAAACACCGGGGAAGCGUGGAUUGUGCUAGGUGACGGCUCGUAACAGAUCCACAUAUGAGAUCCCCCGAAUGCCCUCGGGAUCUCGACCACUCAUAUGUCGCAGUGUCGCUGCGCGGAUUGGCCCUCUUUAUACCCAGCACCCCGCUCAGCCCCGGUGUUGAU